AUGUCCAUGCAAAUGGCAAGUGAAUUGAGACAUCUCGCCCCUCAUGAGGAAACCGAAACUGAAGUGACGAGAGAAGACCAGCAGAAUAUCAACACAUUCAGCAAACUGACUGCUAAAUUGGAUGAUUUGGAACUUGUUUAUGAUUCAAAAAAGAAGGAGAAGGAAUACCUCGACGAUCUGGUGCAAGAAUUGGAACUAGCUGAUGAAGAUGAACUGAUAAAGUAUCGAAUAGGAGACUCCUUCUUCUCCCUCACACUCCCUGAAUGCAUGGAAAGAAUCAGCAAGGAGAACUCCUUCAUGGAUACUGAACUGGAAGAUGUACAGACCAAAAUGAGUGACAUUCAGGAGACUCUGCAAAAACUGAAGGCUACUCUGUAUGCAAAGUUUGGAAAGGCAAUCAACCUCGACAAGUGA